AUGAACCUGAACUUCACCUCUCACGCAGUGACCCACUCAGUCCCUUCGCAGAGGCCAACUUCCUUCUUCAUCGAAGACAUUCUGCUCCACAAGCCCAAACCCCUCCGGGAAGUGGCCCCUGAGCACUUCCACAGCCCCCUGGCCUCCCGGGUUCCUCUGCUGGACUAUGGCUACCCCCUGAUGCCUGCCCCGACCAUCCUGGCGCCUCAUCCGCAUCACCCGCUUCACAAGCCGGACCACCACCACCACCCUUAUUUCCUGACCACCUCAGGGGUGCCGGUACCCGCGCUCUUCCAGCCCCACCCUCACGUCGAGUUGCCGGGCAAGCACUGCCGCCGACGCAAGGCCCGCACCGUCUUCUCCGACUCGCAGCUCUCGGGCCUGGAGAAGCGCUUCGAGAUCCAGCGCUACCUUUCCACGCCGGAGCGCGUCGAGCUGGCUACAGCACUCAGUCUCUCUGAGACCCAGGUGAAGACAUGGUUCCAGAACCGGCGGAUGAAGCACAAGAAGCAGCUGAGGAAGAGCCAGGAUGACCCCAAAGCCCCCGGCACAGAUGACCGUACGGAGCAAGCGAGGAGUGAGCCUGAGCUGGUACCCUCGGACAACAAAACAAGUGGUGGUGCUUCCACCUCCACCGAGUCAUGUAAAGGUGGCCACCCACCAGCUUUCCUAUUAGAGGAGACUGAAGAUGAGGUAGACAUCAUUGAAGGGGCAGAGUUGUGUGGGCCCCAGCACCUCAUCUAG